CUCGGGCCUCCAGUCCUCCUCCCCGCCUCCCAUUUCGCCCACUCCGACUCCGACCUUCGACCACACUCCACAGCCAACCAACCACCCACCAAAAAGCCCACGAACAAACCCAGCGAACACACAAGCCUUCCCGUGAGAUUGAGCGAGGUAAGAUAGAUCCGAGCGAGUUCUUGCGUCUCCAAGGUAAGCUUCUCUGAAUCUCAAUCCCUCUUCCUCCCCUCCUCUUCGUCUUCCUUCUCGUCGGUCACAGAGCAGUCAAGUUCCAGGGCCUUUUAGAUCCCGGGCUUCAGAUCUGUUCUUUUUUUCUCUUCUGUCCUAGUAGCUUGUUAGUUGCUUGCCAAGCGAGGUUCUUUUUCCACGCCUCCUUGCAGCUCGUGUCCAGAUCUAUCACCAAAGCCACCUCUUUUUGCUGUGGCUCUUGCUGAUCUACCUUUUUUUCCUCUGCCUGUUCUACGUUUUGGUUUGGAAUCCAGGCAGAUUUCUCUCUUGUUUUUCCAAGAAACAUCAAAAAAAUCCAAAAAAAAGUUUGUCUUUGAAGAAGCUAGAGUAAGAUGGCAGCAGCCAUAGAUCUGUCCGGGGAGGAGCUCCUGAGAGCGCUCGAGCCUUUUAUCCGAGACGCCUCCGCCUCCCCUCCGCUCCACUCCCACCUCAGCCCCACCUCGCCCUUCUCCUUCCCCCACGCCGCCUCCGCCGCCGCCGCCUACAGCGGGUACCAGUACGGGGUGCAGGCCCAGGCCCAGGCCGAGCUCAGCCCGGCCCAGAUGCACUACAUCCAGGCACGCCUCCACCUCCAGCGCCAGAACAACCCGCCGGGCCACCUCGGCCCGCGGGCCCAGCCCAUGAAGCCCGCUUCCGCAGCAACGGCGGUGGCCACCCCGCCGCGCCCGCAGAAGCUCUACCGCGGCGUCAGGCAGCGCCACUGGGGCAAGUGGGUGGCGGAGAUCCGUCUCCCCCGCAACCGCACCCGCCUCUGGCUCGGCACCUUCGACACCGCCGAGGAGGCCGCCCUCGCCUACGACCAGGCCGCCUACCGCCUCCGCGGCGAUGCAGCGCGCCUCAACUUCCCCGACAACGCUGCCUCCCGCGGCCCACUCCACGCCUCCGUCGACGCCAAGCUCCAGACGCUCUGCCAGAACAUCACCGCCGCCAAGAACGCCAAGAAGUCCACCGCCUGCCUCUCCGUCUCCGCGUCCACCGCCGCCGCAACAUCGUCCACCCCCACCAGCAACUGCUCCUCGCCCUCCUCUGACGACGCGUCCUCCUCCCUGGAGUCGCCCGAGUCGUCGCCGUCGCCCACCACCGCCGCCCCAGCAGAGGUUCUGGAGAUGCAGCAGCUCGACUUCAGCGAGGCGCCCUGGGACGAGGCCGCCGGAUUCGCCCUCACCAAGUACCCCUCCUACGAGAUCGACUGGGACUCGCUGCUCGCCUCCAAUUAACACCCAGCGGUCUUCAGCUACUACUUCUACUACUAGUUCUUAGCAGAUUGUUAAUGGUCGCCGCGACGCAGAUGGCAUUUUAGACACUCUGCGCUGGCUUUUAAUUAGUGGAUUAGCUCUAAGCCUCUAAUCCUUCUUUUGUUCCUUGUGUAGUAGAUCUCUCUCCGAUUCGUUCUCUCGUUGUACUAGGGUUUGGUUAGUGUUCAAGUCCCGGAGGGGUGUCAAGCCGGCGUUUUUGUGCCCGGCGCUUCCGGUGGUCGGUCACUGGUCAGUGACUCCGGCCGGUGAAGUCCGUUGCUAUGUCUAGGCCACUGCUCUGCGUAUUGUAACAGUGGGUGAAUGUCUUGUAAAAUUAGCUCGUCAAAAAACCUUGUAAUGUGGAUUAUAUUAUUUUGUUGUUAGUGUUGUAUCA